GGGGACACGAAUCGGAGAGCAUGUGGGUCCACUUGAUUACCCGUAUAUUAUUUAGUGAAAUUCGUGGAAAUUAUGAGGUGCACACACAAAUCCGGUGAUAAACCUCCCUGCCUCCCUAUUGGCUGAGCCAGUCACAUGGGUGCCUAACUUUAUUCAGUUGACAGCAAGUAGGAGGGCUCUGUGGAAGGAGAAAAAAAGACAACACGAGAAAAAUUAGUAUUUUCUACCUUCCGAAAUUAAUGGCCAUGAGUUCGUAUAUGGUGAACUCUAAGUAUGUGGACCCCAAAUUUCCCCCUUGCGAGGAAUAUCUGCAGAACAGCUACCUCGCUGAGCAGGGCUCGGACUAUUACGGGGCUUCUUCGCAAGGCGCUGACUUCCAGCAUCAGGGACUCUAUCCACGGUCCAGCUACGGCGAGCAGCCCUACAGCUGUAGCAAUGCCCAGGGCUCUGCAGUGCAGCCGCGGGGUCACGGGCAGGAGCAAUCCGGCCCGCCGAGCCACUUUCCCGGGCAAGCUGAGCACUGCCCGCCGCCUCCCAUGCCGGCCACGAGGACCUGCAACCAGCCGCCAAGCCUCAAAAGCCCCAACGGGUCACCCGCGGCGGCGGCGGCAGCAGCAGCAGCAGGAGCAGCGACGGCAGGAAUUAAGCCUCCAGCGGUGGUUUAUCCCUGGAUGAAGAAAGUCCACGUUAACUCGGUGAAUCCUAAUUACACCGGAGGAGAACCUAAGCGCUCCAGAACCGCCUACACGAGGCAGCAAGUCCUUGAACUGGAAAAGGAAUUCCAUUUUAACCGGUACUUGACUAGGCGCCGACGGAUUGAAAUAGCCCACACUUUGUGUCUCUCUGAACGCCAGAUCAAGAUCUGGUUUCAGAACAGGAGGAUGAAGUGGAAAAAAGACCACAAACUGCCCAACACGAAGGGCCGAUCCUCUAGUACUUCAACUGCCUCCAGCCAACACUUACAGACGGUUUCCAAGGAGCAUCAGACUGGCUUGACAACUUUGUAGGAAACUUGAAAAUGGUCCGUUUCAGCGAUCUGAGUGGGAAUUAAGCUGCCCAGGACACAGACACACGCACACACGCACAUGCACACGUGCACACACACAGAGAUACAGCCCCACAAACACACAGGCUGGCUAAAGCAGAAACCUGCAUGUAGCAGCUACACAACUCCCAAAGUGUCUCGCUCUUGCUUUAAAAUACUGGAGAGAAACACACGAUCUUAUGGACUUAGGAAUAAAGCAAAACUGCACAACCCUACAAAACAAACAAAACUUUGCAUCCAGGUGGUGAGAAAGUGAUAUCUAUCUAUCUAUAUCUAUAUCUAUAUAAAUAUAAUAUUUUUAAAAUAAAACUCCUCUGUCGACACACCAUUGCAAACGAAACCGUUUGGUGUUGUGCCUGGAAUCUGCAAAG